GUGCAAUUACGUAGGCCUAUAUGCCAGGAUGCGCUAAUUUGGUCAACCGGGGGCGUCAAUUCAUCUGUCAAAGAUCAUCUAAACACAAUGCUCCAAACAAACAUAGGCCUUGUCUUACAACACAAGGGAUUAAGUAGAACAAUGUUGUUAUUCAAUCCAUAGAAAAAGAGAAGAUCUUAAUUUGAUGAUGGAAAAUGGAUAAAUCAUGUCAGAAUCAUUUGGCGUUUAGAGGCUGGCAUCUCAGCAUGGUGCUGUAGAAAAUCACAAAUAUUUCCUUAGGUUUACAUGUUGUAGAUCAUGUUAUGUGUACACUGUUAACAACAUUUGUAUUAGAUAUUGCUGCUUUUGGGUUUUCGUAAAGCCUUUUAUAAUAUAAUUAUAAUAAGCAAAUGUGCUCCAUAUCAACUUUUAAAAGUACCAUUAUGCUUUUAUGGCAGGAAUGGCACAAAUAGGCCAUUGAAAGGGCUCAAACGAUCUCAAACCCUGGGGUUAAAUCUUAAUAUUGUGAAAUAUUCUUCAAACUGUACUCACAAUAUGUUCUGAAGCUGAUGGCUAUGCAUUCUUAUUCAUUCUAUUUACAUCACUGAGACCGUACUAUCAGUGAACACAAAGUCCUGAUUAGACUUGGGUCAGAGGCCUAUGUCCCCUGCUUGAUAUAUUACUGUAUUAUUAUUAUAUGCAGCUUAUAAGUGGUUAAUGCACAGUUUCAUAACAAGAGGGAAAUAUAGUUCUAAAUUAAGGGGUUGAACACAUUGCCAGAGUCCCCUACUGUAUAACGACAAAAGUAGUGAGAGUGGAUCCUUGAAUUGUCAUUCUGUCCAAUUUGCAGAGUUUAUGGUACACAUAUGAAUAAAUCCUCUUUUUUUGACACCUUGAGGACCUGCUGAGUGUCCCAGCCAAAAGUCCACUUUCAGAAAGCGAACUCUAAAUGUUGCUCUUUUGUGAUUUCUUUAACAAUUAGCAACCAAUUACUGGAUCUCUGUUGGUGGGAGAUUAAUAAGCCUUCAACAUCCAAGGUUGACUCUUCAUUACCAUGAUGAACCAUCCCAGUAUAGUCAGACAAACUUACUACUACUCAAGACAACCUACUGACCUAUAUUCCUCGGUCUAGCCCCGCCCCCCUGCGCACACCUGUGGCGCACAGCAGCCGCACCUGUACGGAGCCAGCUGCGCCCUGCCUGGGCAAAUAUCACCUUCCAUUACUUCUCCUGCUCUGAACAUCCACGGCAUCCUGUUCCUGCACUUCUGUCUCUUUCACCUGACAUGUUGAAGCUCCUGACUUACCUCCAUGACUCGGAGCUCGUGGCCCGGUUCCAGAGACGCUGCGGACUCUUCCUGGUCGAAGCCGCGCAUCACAGCCGAGUGAGGUUGAGCGCUCCGAGUGGAACCCCGGUCGACGUACCACGUGGACAGCUGAAGGGAAGAUGGGACCACCAGGAUAAUAAUUCAAACUACAAGGAGAAUGGAUGUUCUGUUGCUGGCUGCAGCAGGCCUCAGUAUGAGGUGAGGAACUGGCUUUUGCACUUCCUCUUCCUGUUCUCGGCAGGCCUGGGGCAUGAAAUCUUCUACAUCACCUGUCUGCCCUGCAUACACUGGAGCCUGGACCCAUUCCUGUGCCGACGCCUGGUCAACAUGUGGUGUUUGGUGAUGUACAUCGGCCAGGUGAUGAAAGAUACGCUGAAGCUGCCUCGCCCUAUCUCCCCCCCAGUGGUCAAGCUGGAGACACGUGUUGAUGCCGAAUACGGGCUGCCCUCCACCCACGCCAUGGCCGCCACCGCCAUCUCCUUCACCGUUUUACUAAGCGCUCCGUCCAGGAUACAGUUUCAGUUCGAGGUGGGUCUACUGAUCGCACUGACGCUGUCGUCUUUGGUGUGUCUGAGCCGCCUCUACACAGGCAUGCACUCAGUUUUGGAUGUCAUCUGUGGCGCUUUAAUCUCAGCUAUCAUCAUGUUCCUCACCUACCCAUAUUGGGAAACCUUUGACCGUUUCCAGCUCACCAGCCACAUCUCUCCCAUCGCGGCAUUGACACUGCCCCUCUUCCUCAGCUACACAUACCCUGAGCUGGACCAUUACACCACCACACGGGGGGAUACCACCACCAUUCUAGGAGUAGGGGCCGGGUGCUCUGUGGGAUACUGGGUGAAUGAGCAACUAGGGCAGACUUUUGAGCCCCAGGGGGUGCUACCUGUACCCCUACCCACACUGACAGCACAUGCACUGGCACUAGGUGCUGCCCGCUUCGUUGUGGGAGUUUUCGCAUUAGUGGGAACUCGGCGGGUUAUGAAAACACUGAGCCUGCAGGUGUUGUAUUUGUGGUACAGAGUGGCAAAAAAUGACGACAGUGCCAGGAGGAGAAGAGAGAUUGAAGUGCCGUAUAAGUUUUCCACAUAUACAGUUGUUGGACUUGUCAAUUCUAUAUUGGUCAAUAAAGUAUUCAUUCUACUGGGACUAUUGUGACCUAUUAACACAAGACUGCUGUAUAAUUAUCUGAACUUGCCGUAACAAAAAUGUACCUCAUAUUUAUUUCAAUGUGUAUCAAAUUUAAGGCUGCAACUAACGAUUAUUUUCAUAGUCGAUCAAUCUGUUGAUUAUUUUCUUGAUUAUUCGAUUAGUUGUUUGGUCUCUAAAAUGUCAGA